AUGCCGAGGUUUAUCGAAAGUCGCACAUGGAGACUUCUUCGCAACGUGCCAGCCAGAUACCAUCGACUUGUGCGAGAGGCUCUAUCAUUGAGACAGAAGAUCACAGUGUCUCGCCAAUCCAUCCACUUCCUACAUCGUUGUCUGACUCAUCGUGUGGUACCAAGGUUCAUAGAUCAAAAGCAACUUCACGUUCUGUGCGGUGUACCAAAGAACAACAGACAAUUGGUGGACAUCCAAACGCGUCUUCUUCGAACAUGCCUACGUGCCAAACAAGACGAAUUACACGCUAAUAUCAAGAAAUGUUUGUCGAAAGAACUGUCAUGUUCACUAUUUUUGGAUGAACGCUUUUGGAGGAGAACAGUGGGUGGGUCGAUUUCGAUAUGUGAUUCUAUUCGGUCUAAGACUAAGUCCGCUUUACGGAAAAAGUUCGACAGUUUGCUUAGUAGGUCACGUAGUGAUAGUGCACAAAAGUAUCAAAAAACAUUCCGCUCUGACCUUAGCCAUCGCGAAACUACUGCUAACGAGCAAUCUUUGUCUGCCACCUCUCGAGUUACCGUACUUGGAGGCAUUUCUAUAUCAAAGAAGAUACAAUCAGCGCUGGAAUUAGGACCUAGUUUCUCACCAUCUCAACCUAUUUCUACCGCGGUUCUGCGAAAAAUCGCAUGCAAUCUACAAGAACUUCAAGAUCGUCUCCGUCAAAAAGCAAAAUCAAAAACCACUGAGACUGCCCAGCAGCAGUCUAAAGCGCUUCCGCCUAUACUCUUCCCACUUUCUUUAGACAACAGGAACCUAACGCAGUGGUGGAUAUUAGUAUCCGUCUUUUUGCAGAUGAACUAUUCAACGUUUUAG